AUGUCGGUCAGCUCGGGUCAAUCGCUCCAGCUGGCCGACUACCUGGAGAAGCUGCCAGGCACCACGUUUAGGAAGCUGUAUCUGCAGCCCUCGACGGCCUUUGCCAUAUUUCGAAGGAUGAUACCGCCGUUGGCAAAAACCAUCGUCAUGGCCAUCCUCUACAUGCCGAAGCCAAUGCUCCUUGAGGACCUCGAUCUCUGGGUAAAACCUGAAUCGCGACGACAAAAAGACCAGGCAAUCUCGACCCUCCGCAGCCUGCACAUCCUCCAGAUAACCGUCCCGUCGAAAGAACGCCCGCAGGAGAUGCAACUCACCACGAAUUUCAAGAACUCCCUUCGGUUAGCCCUCGAGGGCGGCGGUGACCACAACUCCUUCGGUGUCCCCUCUUCUCUCCCAGUCCCUCCCGAAAUCAACGUCCCCUUCCUCGACCGCUACGCCAGACGCAAGUGGGAGGACAUCCUGCACUACAUCGUGAACACUGUCAACCCUGGCUCCGCGGACCUGGGCGGGCCUAAGUCGUCCGUUAAGAACCUGCUCGUGGCAGGCCAGCUCGUCCGCCGCCAGGGGUCUGCGGUCGGCAUCACGCAGGCCGGUUUCACCUUUCUGCUACAGGAAGCGAACGCCCAGGUCUGGACGCUGCUGCUGCUGUGGCUAGAAGCGACGGAUCACGCCGUGGACGCGGCGGGCAUGGAGAGUACAGACAUGUUGAGCUUCCUCUUCCUCCUCGCGAGUCUGGAGCUGGGAAGAGCCUACGACACGAAUGCGCUGACGGAGGAACGUCGAAACAUGCUUCCGAGCUUGAUGGACUUUGGCCUCAUCUACAUCCCUUCACACAAACCUCAGCAGUACUUCCCGACCCGUCUCGCAACAACACUCACGAGCAGUUCUAGUGCGUUACGCAGCGCAGGCGCAGGAUUCUCCGCCGCCCUCGCGGCCGCCACCGGUCCUCGUCCGACUAACGGCCUCACACCGGGAGGAAGCGAAGACAACAAGGGCGGAAGCAUCAUUGUCGAGACAAACUACCGCGUCUACGCCUACGGCCAGACACCGCUGCAAAUUGCCGUCCUUUCCCUCUUUUGUAAACUCAAGCUCCGCUUCACGGACAUGGUGUCAGGUCGCCUAACACGCAACUCCAUCCGCAACGCCGUCGAGCGCGGCAUCACCGCCGACCAAAUCAUCUCGUACCUCGCGGCCCACGCUCACGAGCAGAUGCACCGCCUAGCCGCGAUCCGCAGCAGACCUGUUCUGCCCCCGACGGUGGUCGACCAGAUCCGUCUGUGGCAGCUCGAGACGGAGCGCAUGACGACGACGAGCGGCUUCUUGUUCCGCGACUUUGAUAGCCCCAAGGAGUACGAGGACAUUGCCGGCUACGCGGCCGAGAUUGGCGUGCUGGUGUGGCGGAACGACAAGCUGGGCAUGUUCUUCGCCAGCAAGCAUGAGCAAAUCCGGGAUUACCUCAAGCUGAGGAAGAAGGCGGAGGACUAA